UUACGCCCUUAUUUGACAGGAAGGGGCUGUCCUUAUCUGACAAGAGAGGAAAAUGUUGGAAAGGAAAGACAGUCGGCUUCAGUAGACUCCAACAGUUUUAUCUCUGCCUCCAGACUUACUUUGUGUGAAUCUUAACGUGGCAGAAGAAAAGCAGCAGUGAUGGCUGAUGCACAAAAGAUCAAGAAAACUGUAACCAAGGUGCUGGGCUGCGUGGAGAAGGUGUCCUCAUUCGCCUCCUCCUUCAACCCCAUCUUUGGGAUUGUCUCCUCCCUGAUUGGGGUGGUUCGCAAGGGCCUGAUUCAGGAAGAGGGCCACGCUCUAGACAGCGAAUUCCAGACGCUCCACACCCAACUGGAGAGCAUCUCUGACAAGAACCAACAAUGUCUGAGGCGGAUCCGCAUCGACGAGGUGAACGAAACCUACGGCAAGUAUGAGGAGUACAUCAAGCACCAGUAUGCUGCCUUCAACAACAUGCUGGCGCAGGUGAAGAAAGAUCCAGACAACUCUCAGAGCUAUAUGGAGACCUUUGAGAAAAUAUAUGAGAGAGACAAGAGUGACAUGAGCCUGGAUGUGUACUACCGCGGUGUGAUGGGUACCAAGUUGCAGUUUGGAAGAUCUCUGCUGAAGGUGUACCUGGACAACUGCGAAGGCAACCGUGAGAUCAUGGAGCGUCGCUGUUCACACAUCACCCACCUGUUCCACAUGGGCCUCAUCGCCCUCAUGGCAUACACAGCUGUUACAGAGGACGACGAAGACGAGGUGCGUGACAAGUGGUCCAAGAGGGUGGAGGACAUCCAGAAGAAGAUGCAGGAGGUGCUCAGUCAGUGCAAAGACAACUCGUCCUGAACAUGAAGCUGCAAAGAGAGGACGUCCGGGAACAAUCUGCUUUGGACCAAGGACAAAAAGACAAAAUAUGUUAUAAUAUAUAUCGAAAUAAAACCAAAGCCAUGCUUUCAUUUAAGCACUUGAGCUGCACCUGAUAUUCUUAUCGCAGCAUUUUAGUUAUUGUAUCGACAUUGUAUGUUAAUUUUUGUUUCAAAGAGACCACUAAAUGUUUCAGUUGAUUUGUGUUACAUGCCAAUAUAAUGUAUGCUGAAGUUUUAUACAAUCUCUUCAAUUAAAAUGUACAUAUUA